AUGAACGCUAUUAUAAUCCAACUUGGCUUCGGCCCGACACGGGUAGACUUUGACAAUCCUAUAGUUCUAGCUGCUAGCCACCCUGAGCCCCUCACUGGCUAUGCGCCCAAUCCCAAACAAGAUAUUGCCAGAGCAAAAGACCAAUCCACCAUGUUUCACCGCUGCGGAAUACGGGGAAGGAUUGAGAGGAAGAGGGGACUUAUCAGUCACGCCCACUUCUUUCUUGUCGCUGUUCUUACUGAAGUAAGAGAUGAAUACUGGGUUGCGUUUAUAUCAAUUCCUACGAAGCAAAAGGGUGUCGUGGUCGAAAAGACGGGCGACCCCGAAGCCCUCGAGUACAAGACCGAUCUUCCUGUCCCCAUCCCAGGCAAGGAUCCAAUACUGGUAAAGAACCACCUACCACAAAUCCUUGGCCAGGAGGGUAUAGGCACCGUCGUCAGCCUUGGCCUAGGGCAAACCCCUUACAAUUUCGCCGUGGGAGACCGAGUCAUCUGGCUUCAUCGGGGUAGUUACUGCGAGUACAGUGCUGUGUCGGCAGAAAAGGCCGUCAAGGUUCUAGAUGGAGUGUCCGAGGAGGAUGCACUGGCAGUAUUUCUCAGCGGAUUAACCUCGCUGACGGUCGUGAAGGAAGCAUACCCCGUGCAAAGAGGUAACUGGGUGCUCAUCCAUGCGGCUGCUGGUGGGGCCGGGUUCCUCAUGACUCAAAUCUUGAAAAAAAUCGGCGCCAAAGUGAUUGGGACGGCCGGUGGACCGGAAAAGGUAAACUUGGUAAAAUGCCUUGGAGCGGAUUUUGUGAUCGAUUACAAAGGUGAGGAGGAUACUUGGGAGGGUAGUUUGGAAGCUGUCAAGAGGAAGGGAACCGUCGUGUGGUUUGGAUAUGCCAGCGGACCUGUUCCUCCGUUCUCUAUUCAGCGUUUGGCUGAGAAGGACGUCAAGAUUGCUCGAGCACAGCUUUUUGGUUAUAUUGUGACCAGGGAAGAGUUUGAUUACUACACGAGCGAGAUUUCCAGGCUACUGAAGACCGGUCAACUGAAGACAAAGAUCCACAAGACAUAUGCUCUAGAGGAUGUGGUACAGGUAUACAUGGUAGGUGCCCUCUAUUAA